GCUUAUCAGAAGCACUGCCUGCGUGCAGGAGCUUAUGCUUUCUAGCGAGGCUGUUUUUUAACGAACAGCCUUGAAAACUGAUUGUUCUUGCCUGAAUAAAAACCCAAGUGGAACAAGAUUUUUGUCACCACACUUUUAAAGAAAAUUACCAACCCAAAUUUUGGCCAGGAUGGAAGAUUACUAUGACUAAAGCCAACUCUUUAGUGACCCUCUGAAGAGCAGUCCUGAGAGCCUUGGAGCCCUGCUGGGCUGCAGCAGGCUGCGAGCAGCACCUCACCCUGAGCGGGGCCUCUCUCAGCCAACUCUCGUUUCCAUACCUGGGGCACCACUGCUGAUCACCAACAGUGGAGCCUGGGCUACCCCCGCUCCUCCAGACUCAACCCUUUGCCCAUUGAGAAGAUGCAGAGAGAAAGAUGAGAAAGGCAUCUGAUGGGCACAGGUUUGCACGGGCCGCGGCCGCCUCCCUCCAGCUGAUUGCAGCGGGACUCGCUGCUGCCAGGGAAGCACCUGGAAAUGCUGAGCUGCCACAGUUGCAUUGGUAUCGCCCUGCUCAAACCGCAGCGCAAACAGGAUUAUAGCAAACACCCGGGCCACAAAUCCCGUACAGCUUCUUCAGGGCUUCUCCCGUUACUACUGCUGCCAAACACCACGUAGCAGUUAUUUUGCUGUGCUUAACGGCUGUACUUGAUUUAAUGUACUAUUAUACAUGUUACCAAAAAUGGUUUAAAAUGACUGAUCUAUUUUCUCCUGGCCUGUCUUCAAAUAGUAUUGUGAUUGCAGAGGGCAAGGCAGCCAACUUCUUCGUAAAAUUCUGGUGAACUGCUGUUACCCGAGGAGCGGAGGCGUCGCCCAGAGUCUCACUGCUGACGCUGAGCCGUGGGGCCCCGCGUCGUUCAGCAAGGAGAAACUUCACAACCUUUCGAAAUACGAAACUGAUUCCCAUGGAAACAUCCUCAUCCUCUGAUGACAGUUGUGACAGUUUUGGUUCUGAUAAUUUUGCAAAUACAAAAAGCAAAUUUAGGUCGGAUAUUAAAGAAGAACUGGCAAAAAUAUUUCAUGAAGCCUCUGAUGAUGAAUCUUUCUGUGGCUUUUCAGAAAAUGAGGUUCAAGAUGCAUUGAAAUUGGAAUCAGAUUCAGAUGAGAAUGAUGCAAGUGCUGAAAGUGAGAUUGAUCAGAGAGGGCAGAAAUGCUCUGUUCCUCUGAAAGUAGCCAUGAAGUUUCCACCUCGACGAUCAGAGAGGAGGAAGGGUGGCAUGGAACCUGUUCCUGAAACACCAAUGCCUGCUCUAGAUUCAGACUCUGACAGUGAAGAAAAUGGUGCUAUGUUCUUAGAAAAAAGAGCUUUAAACAUAAAGGAAAACAAAGCAAUGCUUGCAAAACUAAUGGCUGAGUUGCAGAAUGUUUCUGGUAUCUUUGGUGGGAGAAAAUCGUUGCCAGCUGUCAGUCAUCAGGGACCAAAGCGACUUCCAAGGCGUUCACUGCCCAAAUGUGCCUUGAGGAGGAACCCAGACCGGAGUUCUCGGCCUCACACAAGGUCCAGGUCCUUGAUUGAAGGCCCUCCUACUGUUGCACCAGAAGAGGAAGAAGAUGACCCAUACAUCUUGGUGAGAAGAAGAAAGAUGUCUGAUGAAUACCUGGAGCAUGAAGCCCGUACUCCCAGGAGGGGUCACCGUGGUGCCAUGGCUUUUCCACAUGUCGUGCGCCCGGUUGAGGACAUAACAGCAGAAGAGCUGGAUAACAUCUGUGGAUCUGCAAGUGAAAAAGUAUAUAACAGGGCCUUGGGGUCCACCUGUCAUCAGUGCCGCCAGAAAACCAUAGACACCAAGACAAAUUGUCGUAACCCUGAGUGCGUGGGAGUGCGGGGCCAGUUCUGCGGGCCCUGCCUGCGCAACAGAUACGGGGAGGAUGUCAGAGCAGCGCUGCUGGACCCGACAUGGAGGUGCCCCCCAUGUCGUGGAAUCUGCAACUGUAGCUUCUGCAGACAGCGAGAUGGCCGAUGUGCCACCGGUGUCCUGGUCUAUCUGGCCAAGUACCACGGCUUUGACAAUGUCCAUGCCUACUUAAAGAGUCUGAAACAAGAACUUGGAAUGGAAGACUGAAGCUGUGACUGCCUUUAAAUUACAUAUUCUUUCACCAACAUAAUAUUAUUGCCUGCAGUGAAUUGUUUAAUCAAAUGAGAUUACAAAGUGCCUUCUCUGCUUCCCUUUCCUUUUGGGUAAAAAAGGAUAAAAACCUUUCAUUUAUUUUGGUAUAAAUCAUACUUGGGAAAGCUGUUUAGUGCAGGUCUUCACCCCCAGGCCAUCGUUUUCUCUUCAGACAACUUUGCAAAUCAGAUAGUAUCAGUCCUUUUAUUCAUGAUAGUAACUUUUUCUUCCUGAAAGGAGAUGGGGCUUUAAGCCAUCAGUUUCACUCAUGCAGCAAUCUAUGCUGCAGGUUUACUUAUCCUCCAAAAUUGGUUACAAAAAGAUUGAGAUACUCUGAAAAUUUGGGGUUGUUUUCUCCACAGAACAAAGCACCCAACUUCUGCAAUACCGGCACUUCAUGAUCAAAUGGAAUUGUAGAAUCCUCUGAGACAACAACAGCAUGUUCUUAAGUUCAAAAAGGAAGCUCUGUAAGUUGCAGCUGAGCAGUCUCCAAGCACUAAUAUUCGGUUUUAUAGAGUACUAAAAGUUCACACUGGCCAUUUCAAGGGAGAUUGUAUGAAUUAAAAAAUGCAGUAGAUGCUGUUUGACGUGGCACUUUGUGUGCUCAGAUGAGAGAAGGCCACUGCUGAAAGCUUCCACAGCACUAGCAUUGCCUACUGGUGACAGUGAUGGGAAUGUACUGGUAUACAUUGUGUGGUGACCACUGUCUAAAACAGAAUGUUCCGUGUGGUAAAUGACUGUUUUGGUGGACUCUUUUCCCUGUUCCUGCUGCAGCUGCAGAACUGCUUUGCAGAGUCAGCAGUGGUCCUGGGGAAGAGGGAUACCUCCAGGCCAGGGCUUGGUCAAGUAGAGGGGUGACAGUUCGUGUGGCUGUUGGCCAUCUUUGAGUGGAUGAAGGGUGGUAACUUGUUUAGUUUGGUUGUCAGGAAAACAGGCAAUGAAUGUUUCUGUAUCUGCCUCUUUGUGAUUGUGGAAGGUUCUUUCACAUGACAUUUGUGAAAUGUAAGUACAGCAGAAACACAGCUGAAGAAUUCUGAUACGCUGAGCACAUAGGGGUCUCCUGUACUCUGUUGUAAAAAAGAAGGUGCCAUGAAAGUUGCAUCCAGAGAACCAUAAAGUGUGUAAAUGUGCUUAGUUUUGUUAUGGAAACUACUGUGUAAGCUUUGUAUAAGGUUUAGAAUGUAAUGCUAUAAAUAAUGUACAGUUGAGCAGUAGAAGAAUCACCAUGGGUUUAACUUCUGUGCCUGUGCAGUAUUUGCACUGUGUGUAUACAAAAUGAUCCAUAGUUCGUACCUUUCUGGGAAUUGCAUCAGUGUGUGUGGGAGGGGAGGAGAGAGGAAUUUAGAAACAACAGAUAUUUAUGUCUCAGACUUGCAGUUCUGUUUCAUAAAUCAUCUCUCCUAUUGAAAAUCUCUUGUCCUCUCUUUGUCUGUUUUUAUAGUGUGAAUAGCUGUGCAAUCUGAGGUGUGGAGAGUGCUCUUCCCUCUAGGUACAUUUUGUGAAGAAGGAACUCAUUUUAGAAAUACAUGUUCUGACAGAUAAAAGUGGUUGGGUUUUUUUUUUUUCCUCCUAAUUGCUUGGCUUGCCUUCUGAUUGCUAGAGUGUAAAAGUACUGUGCUAAAAGCAGACCCUUGUGUUAUAUUACAGAGACUGCUGUAUUUAGAUUUCUUCAGAUCUACACUGUUCUGUACAAAAUUCUUUAUUUUGAAAAUAAAAAUUUUCAAUUUUAGAA